AUGGACUACAAGGCUCCCACAGGACCCCCGCCCGAGUGGAACCAGCAACAACCACAACAAGCCCACAUGAACUACCAGCAACAGGACCGGGGGAUGUUUAGCGGCGGCCACCAGGGCGGCUACUACCAGCAGGGCCCGCCCCAAGGCGGCUACUAUCAAGGCCCGCCGCCCCAAGGGUACUACCCGCAGCAGCAGCCGGUGUACGUGCAACAGCAGCGGGGCCUGAGCAACGACGACUGCUUGAUGGGGUGCUUGGCGGCGUUGUGUGCCUGCUGUGUGUUGGACGCCAUCUUCUAA